CUGGCCAAUUAGCGGCCUGUUUGGUGUGUGUGCAGUGGCGUUUACUGUCAUUUGGACAGACAGGAGUAAAGGAGCAGCUUCUCUGUCUGGAAGCAAGAGGGAGUGGAAUCGAAGAUAUAAACGGCCACGAUAAUCGCAGAAUACACUGCGUGGGUGGAUCUUGAGACCAGCACAUGUACAGUAUUAAAUAAUCCAGGAGCAUAGCCUUUAGGCUACACUGCAACAAUGCCUGAAUCGUCUCUGGUCAAGGACAUUCACAGUAAUGAAUGUGGAGCAGCCCCCUCAAGACAAUAUAGCCAAUCUUUGCCACUGCACAGAAGCUCCUACUUGCUCGGUACCUUCUGCACAGAGCAAAACGUUCAAGAAUGUCUGUCACACAUCAGUCAGGAGGUAUCAUCUCUUGGACUCCCACCUGCUUGGAAAGAUUCAGCUGGUAGUUCACAGCUAAAUGUUGUGGCUGUGCUAAAUUGCAUGUAUGACCUGAUUCAGCUGCACCGCAAGGGCCUUCGAACCUUGGAAAACAUGGAAGUAGAGCAGCUUAAAUUAAGCAGCAAUGUGGACUACCUGCAGUUCACCAGCACUCGCUUAAAGGAGCAGCUUGAAAUUUCCAAAAGAGAAAACACAGGACUGCUUGAGAGAGAACGGCAGCUACAAAUGAAAGUGAAAAGUUUGCAAAACUGCCUGAAAAAUGAAAAAGAAGAGGUGCAAAAGCUUCAGAAUGUGAUUGCAAGUCGGGCCAGUCAGUACAAUCAUGAGAUGAAAAGAAAGGAAAGAGAAUUCAACAAACUGAAAGAACGUCUGAACCAACUUCUCAUUGACAAAAAGGAAAAGAAACAAGCCAUUGAUGUACUAAACAGCAUUGGAAGAGCGGAUGGCAAGAGAAGCCUUUGGAAAACUGAGAAAACAGAGGCAAAGCACGAGGGUGAGAUGUAUAAGACUAUACUGAGUGACUACGACACCCGGCAGAGGGAGCUAAUGCUGGAAAAUGCAGAGCUGAGGAAAGUGUUGCAGCACAUGAAAAAAGACAUAGUGUCCAUUUUAGGUUCCAAAAAGCUGACUACAAAAGGAGAAAAACCUGAUGAUGGUUGUCUACAGGCUGACUCAGAAGAGGAAGAUGAAGUGUUUAAUUCAAGUAUGGAAAGUGUAGAAUUGAGUUGUGUUCAUGUGAGGGAGAAGCUCACCAACAGUAUUCGUCUUCAGUGGAGAAGACUCAAGAGCCAUGUGGAAAGACUGGACAGCCAAGCAUCUGUGGCACAGAUGGGCGAGAAUGAAAACUCUGACGCUGUCACACGAGAGACAGACAAGGAGGAAAUGGACAGGCUAAAGCUGGAGAUCCAGCAGUGCAAAAACUUUAUUCAGACCCAACAGCAGCUCUUGCAGCAGCAGCUGAGCUCUCCAUGUGAUGAGGAGACAGCAUCCCUGCUGAGCAACUGCUACAUGCUCCAGGAGAAAGACCGUCUUAGAGACGAGUGGAAGACACUAGAGGAGCAGAGAAAGAUCUUUGAGAGAGAGAGAAGGAACUUUACAGAAGCAGCCAUACGACUAAGCUGUGAGAGGAAAACGUUCGAGGAGGAUCGUGCAAUGUGGCUCAAACACCAGUUUUUAAAAUUUAGUCCAUUUGAAGAGUCAAAGAAAUUCCAGAUGUCAAAGUCCAAAAGUGCCUUUUUAAUAUCUGAAUCACAGGUGGGUUCAGGAUCAACUACUGACAUGCUCAUCAGACGUCCAUCUGACACAACAUCCCCAACACACUGCGUUCCGCUAGCCACAACAGACCUGCAUUGUACCCCUUCAACCAGUUCAACCAAACCAAAGAGGAACACUGAGCAUGAAGAAGGAUUAAUGUUGUGUAAUGGAAACUCAUGCAACGGACACGCACCCCUACAGUGGAACAAGUCUGAAGACCACAGCAGCCACACACAGGAAAUAAACAGCUCUUUGUAAAGCCA